UUGUUUUCGUUUCAAAUUCAAUCACAUAACGGGGUAUAUAGGGACAGUGACCAGGUGAUUUUGAGCUCUGUGAUCUAGUCUACACAGGUACAUCGUUUGUUGAUUAGGAUUGUUCAUCAUGUCUCAAGAGAAGCAAGUUUCCGAGCAGAUUCCGAAGAACAAGGGGGCAGUAUGUGGGGGCUGGACCGAUAUGACUUUAGUGGGUGGACUUCCGUCUGAAGAAGUCAAGAAUCUUCAAGAUCUUCUGGAGAAGGUACGAGAACCAGCCCAGGUGAAAGCAAAUAGGUCAUUUUCAGUUCUGGAGCCGCUUGCGUUUGCUACCCAAGUAGUCGCUGGUCUCAACUAUCGUAUAAGGGCCCAUACCGGUGAAGAUCGAAAAGCAGUCUUUCUCAUUUUCAAGUCCCUCGAUGGCAAGAUCACUCUAUCCAACUAUGCAGAGGAAGAAAUGCAGCAGACACAAGCCAAAUAAAACUUAAUAAUAUUAAUAAUAACAACUGUAAUCGCUUCUAGCUUUAUAUACAGCUCUUUGUCUUUUAUAGCAACUUUCUCUUCAAUUUAUAAGAAAAUAAAAUGCCUAUAUAGUAAAAAGAAAGCUCGUGGAAGGCAAGAUCGUUUCAUAUUCAUUUUAUUUUAUUUUAUUUCCACACGGUAAUAGCCAAUGUUUUUAAGUAGGUUAGUACAUACAUAUUAAUCACAAUAUAUACAAAGAUUACAAUACACAAAAAGUACAACCUGAAACGAAAUACAAUUAUUUAUAUUUAAAAAAUAAAAACCGGAAGUUAAAAUGGAACUAUUCUGAAUGACAGGGGAAUGGAAACAAAGAUAUGGUACUGGAUUGUUUAGAACGAUUAAUUGUUGUAAUCAAUUUUUUUAUUUCCAUUCAAGCCUAAUAUAAUGUAAUAUAAUAAGAUAAGAUACAAAUUUUACGGAUGAACCUUAUUACCACGGCAUAAUCGGUGAUUGCAAGGCGGACUCAAGAUUGCAAAUAAAAACAAAUAUUAAAGUAGAACAUACUUAUGGAAAGAUGACGGUAAUGAUAGUAAAGAAUAAUCAGAACGAUUGUAACAGACAUUAAAGUUUAGGUAAUGAUAUAAUUAUUUGAAACUUAUUGUACAUCGUUUGAAAAUUUUAAUUUCAUCAAUGUAAAAAGGCCGUUUUAUGAAUAUUGUGAAAGUUAAAAUAUGGCGACACCCAGUAA